AUGGCCGAAAAGACGCUAGGUGCCCUGCAACGACCAAGAGUCCAGGCCAUCGUUAAGGGAACAUACUCGGGCAACCGGCGCGGGCCGCCCUCGGCCAAGGAGGUUCCAUCGGCAGUGGUGGACAGAUACACCAACCACCGUAGGAGUGUUUGA